GCGCACGUGCCCCUCUCGUCCGUCGUCACCGGUGACGACGGCACCGACGCGUGCUUCCCGCUCAACUGAGCCGACGCGUGAGGAAUGAAUGUGAAUUCCGCCGUCCCUGCCCCCUUUCAGUCGCGCCGGCACCAUAUGCGAUUGGUCGACCCGACGGCAACGCCGCGCUUUUUCCUACACAGCUGCCCUCGGCGCUUGCGCGACCUCGACUGCCGCUCCACUGUAACCGCUUGCUCCGUGCCUCGAAACCUGCUCGAGACGCCGGCGAGGCCAAAGGUACGCAGAAACAGGAGGCGUGCGAAACAAGAAGCCGUUUGCGUCAGUCGCGCGUGUACUCUCAACGCUGGUUUCCUUUUCUCUCAGACGUCGAGCUAGGCGCGGAGCGAUCGGACCUUCAGCCACAGCGCGCUUCACCUCUCGCGCCUUUAAGGAAAAGCUGCCGCGGGAUCCGGCCAUCGCCGAUGGCCCGUCCGUGGCAGCGAAGCCUGGACAUCAUGCCACCCAGAAGAAGCGGUAAGCUGGCGGCGCCCGAAGCUCCCGCGGCCGACCUGUUCCCGGCGAGGCUGUCGAAGGGAGAGGUCAACCCGGCGUUCUUCGACGAAGCGUGCGUGGACGCCACGGAAAUGAGAGCCCCGGUGUCCGUCGACUCGCACUCGGCUUCGGCCGGCUCUCCGGCGCCUUCGGACCAGCGACAGGCGGCGCCGUUCUCCGAGAAGGCCUCCUGGAAGAACCGGUUGCCGUUCUUCGCCAAGGUGGCUGCGGCUCUGCUGUUCCACGCUUACCUGGCGGCGGGCAUCGGGCUCACGUGGAGCAGCACGCCGGACUUCUGUCACAACGUCAAGUUCCUCACGGUGGUCACGGUGAUCGUCUACGUCUUCGUUCUGUGGCGCGCCGCAACCACACUGUUGGGGAGUGUCGGCGUGGUUCGUGACGCGUGGCAAAGCCUCGGCGACUGCAUCGCGAUCACGUGUCAGAGACGUCGCUGGUUGCGGCCGUGCCUAUGGUUGUUGAUGUGGCUGUGCCUGCUGUCGUUCAUAGUGUACGACUCGAUCAACGACAUCCACCGACUCAUUUCUCUCGCGGGAAUCGUCGUGCUCGUCUUGCUCGGCUUCGUCUUCUCCAAGUCCCGCCUCAGGGUGAACUGGUACCAGGUGAUGUGGGGACUGCUCCUCCAGUUCCUUCUCGGACUGGCCGUGCUACGCUGGCGCCACGGCAGGGACGCGCUUCAGUGCAUCGCCGACAAGGUGAAGAACUUUCUGGACUACACAAACAGCGGAUCUUAUUUCGUGUUCGGGCACCUCGCUUCGGGAUGGAACCUGACCGAAGCGCUCGGAGACUUCGCCUUACCCACGCGGGACGCGGCGCAAAACCUCACCAACGCCACAAACGUCACCGCGCCGCUCGUCGAUACCAUCAAGUCGUUGCCUGGCGUCUUCAUGUUCCAGGCGCUCCCUGUGAUACUUUUCUUCAGCUUUUUCGUGAACAUUCUGUACUUUUACGGCAUCAUGCAGCGGCUCGUGCUCAUAGUCGGUAGUUUUCUGCAAUUCACCAUCGGCACCACGGUGUGCGAGUCGAUGACGGCAGCGGCCAACAUCUUCCUGGGAAUGACCGAGGCUCCGCUGGUGGUUCGACCGUUCCUCUCGAAGAUGACGAAAUCGGAGCUGCACACCGUAAUGACCGGUGGCUUCGCCACCAUCGCCGGCAGUGUCUUGGCGGCCUACAUUCGUUUCGGCGUUAGUCCUGCCCACCUGAUGACGGCGUCUAUCAUGAGCGCGCCAGCUGCGCUGGCCUACUCCAAGCUGCUGUAUCCGGAGACCGAAGACAGCCAGACGCAGCGCGGCAACAUCGAGAUGCCGAAGAGCGAAGAGCGAAACGUCCUGGAGGCGGCUUCCAACGGGACAUCGUUGGGGCUGGCCAUGAUCGGCAGCAUCGUGGCCAACCUGGUCGGCUUCCUGGCCUUCCUGGCCUUCCUCAACAGCACGCUCCAGUGGUUCGGCUCCAUCGUCACCCUGGACUACCUCACCUUCGAGUGGCUGCUGUCCAAGGUCUUCACUCCGUUGGCUUUCAUCAUGGGCGUCCCCUGGAAGGACUGUGGCGUGGUCGGCGAACUGGUCGGCAUCAAGACGUUCGCGAACGAGUUCAUCGCCUACUCGCGGCUCGCCACCGUCGUCCACCAACUCGACGAGCGAUCGACGGUGAUAGCCACGUACGCCCUGUGCGGGUUCUCCAACCUCGGUUCCAUCGGCAUCUGCAUCGGCGGACUCGGCGCCAUGGCUCCUGAGCGCAAGGGUGACUUGGCCGAGCUCUCUGUGCGAGCGCUGGCCGCAGGAUCGGCCGCCUGCUUCCUCACGGCAUGUGUGGCCGGAAGCCUCAUCCCCUAAUGCAGCAGCCGCAUGGAGCGAACUUUUAACGUAUUUUAGGCGCCCGAUUUCAGGGCGUCCAUUUUUAAAAGGAAGCUUUGCCUCGCAAGCUCCUAUCUGAAUACACUAGAAUGGAGAACUCGUUUAGAUCGGCAUUCACUGCACAGAUUUCGGCUAGAUUGGUUGCAUCGAAAAGAAAAAGGUAUAAUAUACCGAUAGCAGUGAGAUACUUACUUUAUUUAGGCGGUCAAUUCCUUUCUUACAAAUUUUAGAAAUUUUUUUUUAGCUUUAAGGACUGCAUCAUUAAGUUUUCAGAUGCGUUGCUCAGCAAUAAGUACACUAAACUGCACUUGUAAACUGACUCCUAAUGCGCAAAACAUUUAGGCGAACAUUGUACACUGGUGUGAAAUAUAUAAAUUAUUUGUGAAUACGACUUGUUCUCCAACACCUUCGUUACAAUGUAAAGGUAGCACGUAAUGUGAGAACUAAUGCAACGUAUUUUUCCACUUCAGACACUCUAAAUAUGCAGUCUGCACAACUGUGAUAUCUGUUUUUUUGGCGCAGAGCUGCUACAUGGUAAAAUCAGUGCUUCAUAUUUUCGUUUCAAUUUCCUCAUUUUCUUCAAAUUUUUAAACUCAUUUCAUGGCUCCAAAUGAAAAUCUUUCUCCCUGACUUUGGCAGGGUAUAGCCUCUCCCUUGAAGGCCAAUUGCUCGUAAUUUCCCUUUGGUUAAAUUGGUAAUACAUGAAUAGUAUUACUAUGACCCACCCAUGGCAAACGGGUUGUAGGGCUGGUGAUUGUCUAAUUUCGUUAUUAAUGGACUUUCCAUAGUCCCUUAUGAGACGAUCCGGGCCUCAGAUUGUUUAGCUGUACUACAGAAAUUCCAGAACAUGGCCUCCGAGACGUUUACACCGGACCUCAGAGACUGCGGCCUGGCGCUGCACACUUCCUCAGCGUUCCGGGCUCUCGUAACUUCCGGCGAGUGGUAACGGCGGCGUUUUUCCCGAGUUUUUCGAUGGCUAACACGUCGUGUUUUCACCACGUUGCGUCGAUUCACAUUUCAAACAUGAAAUUUUCCAGGGACGCUGACCGAGAUCUCCGCUAUCUGAAACUAGGCUUUCUACGCGGUCCAAAAUUGCGUUGCAGUUUUUCUUUUAUGUACAACAAAUUUCGUUGAAAGCGCGGUUCAGCUAUUGUGUGACGAAAGCAGUUGGUCGUUUCAGAUGUACUUGAAGAAGGUAAUGGGAGUUAGGCCUCGAAUAGCUAAGCAACGCAAGGUCACGGUGCUGUUUUUUUUCCGUGGCCUAAAAUGUGCACCGUUAUGCGUCUCUACUUUCAAUGAUAACAUCCUAGGACACACUUUGACCUCAAGUUUCAGUGCGGUCAUCACUGACCCUAAAACUGAGCCACUGACGUCGCGCUCAAAUGUGUCGGAAAUGCAUUUCAUGCCGCUACCACUUAAUGCGCAGGUGUGUCGAAUUAUGGUGAAGCUCCCGAAGGAGCCUGUCUAUUCAUGAACUGUGCACCCAGCGUAACGCGCUUCAUUUCAAAAUGCUUGCUGGUGUUCCUGAUGCGAUAUUCAUCUCUAUAAUCAGACACGUGCGUCUUGACAUCUUCGCAGUGAGUAAAAUGUAGUUUAUUUUGGUGCAGGCACACGCGACCAUAGUCUCUUUUCUUUAGGGAGGCAUGGUUGAGCAAACUCUCGCAACUACCUCAAUGAGGCCUCGCAAUAUGCUAGCUUUCUUUUGUUUUUCUUGUAGUUAAGUGCAAACGUACUAGGAACAAUUCAACCCGUGCGUGUUAUAGUACCAUGCUUUUCUGUUUAUCGUUAGUGUUAACGAAUGAAUAAGUAGUCUUCCACCAUGGCAUUCCUCAUAAUCAUAUCGUGAUUCUGGCGUGUAAAAUCACAGAAUUUGAUUAAUCAUCUAUAUAUCCAUUUUCUCCCCUAGCCGGAUAAGCUUCCGUCCACGGACGUGUCUCGCGUCCUUUACAACAUCAUUGUCAGCGAAUAAGAUGACAAGCAUUGACACAUAAAAACUACUUCCUUCAAAAAGUAGGAGAGCAUGGCCAUAUAGAAAGAGACUGCAAUGGGGCCAAAAAAAAAAUAAGUUGCUAUACAUUUGCUAAAGCCUCCCAUAAUAUAAACUCGGAACACUCCACAGAGUCUGAAAGACAGUGUCCUGACCGCCUGGCCACACCUUGUCACACAAGAAGAAUCGCAGGUCCUUUUUUUUUAAUCGUUAUUCCAAGUAGCCCGGUUCGGUGCGUUCUUUGACGCAGGCGCAGUCAUGAACAUCGUAACGACGCCGGGACCACUAAUUGUCACAAUACCGUUCACCAGACAAUGGGCCAAUGGCAUGACUCCAACCGGUGAAACUAUUCGAACGUUCGCUGGAACCGCCCGCUGGUCUACGACGGUGCCCUAGCAACGGCGUGUGCGUGAUCUCCCACAACCGCGUGAACUGUCGUGUAGAUCGUGCGCGGCAUAUCAUCGCAGAGUUUGUGUUCGACUGUCUUGGCGCGCCAAGUGGUUCAGCUAUUUUCCCUGUUGCGUUCUGACAAACUUUCGUCUGUAUCUUCCCAGCAUUCCCGGCUGUCGUGCGCUUGCUUUUGUUGUCCUGUCCAAUUCAUACUGACUUUGUUACCGAGAGAAAAGGACAUUCUUUUGUUGUUGGUGUUGUUGUUGUUGUUGUCGUUGGUGGUUGUGUUGGUGUAAUUGUUGUUUAUUCAAACAAAAAUUACAGUAAAGCAAGGAGUUUAAGUCAAGUUACAAUUGUGACAACUGCUUUUCCAGUUGCAAAGGUGUGAAAAAAUAAUAUAAAGAAUGUUGUCUUCGUUUUUGUCA